CCUCCACGGGUCAGAAGAAGCUGCAUCAGAGAGAGACCUGGUUCAUGGGCCUGCUGGAUUCUGACAGAGCAGCCUUAGAGACUUUGUGUUGUGAGGUGUUUCAGGUAUUUAGUGGUUAUGGCGUCCACUCAGGCUCCUGUUGCAGCUCAGAGCAGGCCGGCGUUCUCCAUCGAGAGGAUUCUGGGUUUGGAGGUGGAGAGGCCUGCAAGCUGCCUGAAACUGCACCGACCCUGGACAGAGAUCAUAGAUGAGAAGGAGAACAGAGGAAACAGUCUGUGCUCAAAACAACAACAGUGGUAUCAUCAUCCUCCUCAUCAUCCUCAUCAUCCUCAGCAGCUGGACCCCAACAGGCCGACGUCAAACUGGUACAUCGGACGCAGACCACGCACGGCCUUCACCAACAGCCAGGUGAAAGUUCUGGAGUCAGUGUUUCAGAUGAACUGUUAUCCAGGGAUCCAGCUGAGGGAGCAGCUGGCGGGGAGGCUGGACCUGGACGAGGACCGGAUACAGAUCUGGUUUCAGAACCGGCGUGCCAAGCUGAGACGCUCCCUCAGAGAGUCCCGUCUGAGGCUGGUUCAGACGGCCGUGGUUGACCUCCGGGUCGGUCGUGAUGUCAUGGGUCAGCUGAAGGCCCAGAGGGAUGAGCGAGGUGACCUGGACCGAGCUUCUCAUCUUCACCUGGAGGGGGAGGAAGAGGAGGAGAGAUGCUGAUUGUUUAUGAUGUAAAGAUGUUCACGUGUAAAUUAACUCACAGACAGACAAACAGCACAGUGGAUUAAGAUCUGACUCUCUAUCAGGGAACCUGAGGAGCUGUGAUUCCUGCUGUCUUAAAGGGAUCAGACUUUGAUUUAACAUCUGCUCUGGAUCAGAUUGUUAAAGUGUAUUAUGACUGUUUUCUAUCCCACACUGUAAAAAGUGAAAUUAUAACUUAAAGUAUUAAA